GGUGCCGCCGGCGGAUCCAGCGCGGAUCGGCCCAGCAUGGAGGGGACGCGGCGCGCCCUGCUCUGCCUCGCCGCCGCCUGCUGCCUGCUCUGCGCCCUGCCAGCAGAGGGUCAGAAGACAGCAGAGGCCUUGGUGUCACUGUCGCCUUUUCCUAGCACAGUGCUAACCUCGCUUCAGCCCAGGGAAGCCUCUGACGUCAGUCCAGUGACUGCUGCCAUUCCUCAGACAGGCCUGGAGAAAAACCUGACUGCUGCAACACUCAGUGCCACGGGGGCCCACGCUACAGAGGUGGAUGAUGCCUUCAUCCCCACCACCCCCAUGGCAGGCUCCAAGGCAGAGAGACUGCAGGCUUCUACCACUGCCAGUCCUGGGGACAUCGCAGUUACACAUCCUGAGCAUGACAACAUGAGCUUGUCAGUCAACAGCAGCACUGAAAUCCCCUCCCUUACCUUGACUGCGAGCACUCUGGAAGAAAACCAGCCCAGCCAUGAAGCCACAGAACCUUUCAGCACAACUGAAGAAACAGAUGAUGCCAGCAGUGCAACCCCCACGCCUCCUCUGAACACUGGGCCGGCAACAACUAACAGCUCUCAGUCAGGGCUUUUUGAUGGGCAGACCCCGAGGCCCACAGCAGCAAGGUCUGAAACCAAGCCAGGAACGAGCCCUGUGGGUGCCACAGAGGAGAGCACUGUGGAGCCCAGAACUUCCUCUGCUCCCAUCUCCACUGUACGGAGCACGUCCUUCGCUACUGCCUCCAGUACAGUGACAGUGACACCCCUUGUGACCAGCUCCAUGUCUGCCAGCACAGCUGCCAUCCCCACCAGCACGCCCACACUGGCACAGUCAUUGGAGCCCAGGCAAGAGAAGACUUCUGUGUUGGAUGUUGGUGAUGAUAAUUCAGAGCUCCCCAGUUUGGCUGGUAAAGCGAGGGCUGACCCCUUGGUAAUCACUGUGAUCUCCGUGUUCAUUGUCAUGGUGGGCAUCCUGGCCCUGGUGGGCUUCCUGCGCUACCGCCAGCACAACAACCACAUGGAGUUCCGGCGCCUGCAGGACCUGCCCAUGGAUGACAUGAUGGAGGACACCCCUCUCUCCCUCUACAGCUACUAGGCAACCAGGCUGUCUACUGCCCAGAGGAAAAGGCCUUGAGGACUCAGCCCCAGACGAUCUGCUGAGGAAUGAGGGGCUGUGAUUUGCACACAACUGAAAGAUCCUUUUCAGAUGGUUUUUGGUUUUAGACAUUUUCAAUAGUUCAGUGUUGAAGUUUCUAUGCUGCAAAUCAGAGCCCAAGUCUGACCCUUUUCUUCAGGCUCUCCUCAAAACAAUGCCCUAAAGAGUUGUCUCCUCCUUUUAGUGUGGCAACCAAUUAGCCAAAACAACCUUUGCCAUGGUGUUCUGCGUGGAUCUCUUCUGUUGAUCUUGGUGGCUGCUGCUUUCAAAGGAGGUGGGCAAGUGUUUCAGAUUAGGGCUCUUAACUCUGGUGGUGUCAGCACAGUGCCAGCAAAGGAGACUGCUGUUUUCUAAGGAAGCCAAGGAUGUGGAAAUCAGUUCUCUUGGGCUCCCUCUUGUUCUGUAUUUUUAAGGUUGUUUGUUUUGGGGGUUUUCUUGCACUUUUGUUUUUGUUCCUGUUUCAGCUUUAGUCCCAGGAUUGGCAUUACCCAUCCUGAAACACCUACAGGAGGAUAAAAGACUACUCUGCUUCCUUCCUAGAUGCAUACCUUUUCUCCUCAACCAGGGAAAAGAGUUUUGUGGCCACUGGAGAAGUGCGCCUGCUGCUUGAUGUUGCUUUGAAGUUGCUGGGAGGAAAUUGAACAUAAUAUUACCUUAACUGAGCUUGAUAGGACUCAGUCUAUUGCCAAUUAGACACACUAAUUUGGUCUCACCACAAUUAGGAAACCGUGUCUCCUACACUUGAUGCUUUUGACAUAUGUGUAAACUCCUUUCCCAGGCCCAGUAAAUGCUUUAGUCCAUUUCCCUGCCUGGGCUAACACAAGCUUUUCCUCAGGUACCUCCUACUUUGCUUCUAGCAUCUGGUUGCUGGAAGUUGUA